AUGACAGCCGACACUCACAUCGCCGCAGUCCUCCACGGCGCCCAAGACUUACGCAUUGAAACAAGAAACACCACACCACCCAACUCCGACGAGGUUCAAGUCCGAAUCCUAGCCACGGGCAUCUGCGGAACAGACAUGCACUACUACCAGCACGGCAAAAACGGAAUGUUCGUUGUGCGCGGACCACUGGUCCUAGGCCACGAGGCCGCAGGCGAAAUCAUGGCUGUCGGGAACGACGUCACGCAGCAAUUUCAAGUCGGUGACCGUGUAGCUAUUGAACCUCAACGACCAUGUAAGAAAUGCGAUGUCUGUGUUUCUGGUCGCUAUAAUGUUUGUCCUCGCUUGAAGUUUACUGGGUCUGCGAGUGCGGACCCCCCGGUUCAUGGAUCGCUUCAGGAGUACUAUAAUCACCCUGCCGACUUUGUGCAUCGGAUUCCAGACACUGUUUCUUGGGAGGAAGCGGCGCUGUUGGAGCCGCUUUCUGUUUCGUUGCAUGCUGUUCGUCGGUGCGGGUUGAAGGUUGGGCAGUCGGUUCUGAUUCUCGGCGCCGGUGCUAUCGGGUUGCUUUGCGCCAACUUGGCACGGACUGCGGGUGCUUCCAGGGUGGUUAUUGCGGACAUAGAUCAAGCUAGACUAGAUUUUGCUCUUGGGAGAAGUAGAGCGCAUCGAGCUGUCGCGACUGCGUCAUAUCUGAUUGAUCCGUCCAAAGCGAAAGACUUAAAGGAGGACUUUGCAAAGCAUAUCGCGAACGAGAUUAUCCAGGGCGAAAAAUCUGGCGCAGCUGACGUUGUCUUUGAAUGCACCGGGGUCGAAUCGUGUUGCAACAUCGGAAUCAACUGCGCAGCACCGGGGGCAAAGGUAGUUCUGGUGGGCAUGGGUAGUCCGACUCAGAGUCUUGCCAUUGGAGCUGCUGCUGCUAGAGAGGCUGAUCUGCUAGCUGUUUGGAGAUAUGCAAAUACAUUUCCGACAGCUAUCAAGUUGGUCCAGAGCGGUCAAGUAUCGCUAAAGCAGCUUGCGACUCAUACGUUUGAUCUGCGCGAUGCUGAGAAAGGGUUCAAGACUGUUCUUUCGAAGCCGGCAAAUCUGAUCAAAUGUGUCAUUACAUCGUCGAAGCAUUGA